CCAUCCCUGCAUCCAGCUGCCCCCUGCCCCGGAUUGCGCUGCUCCUCCCGCAUCCCUCGGCAAACUUGCUGGCGCCAGGCAGGGCUUAGUGCCGAGCCCCCAGCCCUCGGGAGGUGGGGGGCAGGCGCCUCUCGCCCCCAUGCGAGGGGGUGGCACGGACUUGGUGUCCCCCCUUUGUUCUGCUGUCCAGGUCCCGGCUGCUAUCAUGACUGAUGGCGAGAGGAGAGAGCCCUUCCAGCCGCCGGCGAGCGAGGAGGUGCGGGUGCCCAUAGCCUCCCUCCCCAGCCAGGCGCCCCGGCCCGGGGAGGACGAGGAUGCUCUCAGCGCCUGCAAGUCGAUCCAGGGCAGCCUGGGCUCGGGGGGCUCCCCCACCCGGGAUCCGGCUCGGGAGUUGGGCUCAGAGGAGGAGGAACAGGUCCCUUACCCGGCACUGGCGCCCACCGUCUUCUUCUGCCUCAAGCAAACCACCCGGCCGCGCAGCUGGUGCCUCAAACUGUGAUCAUUUGCAAACAGAAGAGUCUGAAAAUUUAAACAAAUGGAAGUUGAGAUGCUGCAGUGAAACGCGGUCGAGAUGUAUGAAAAACAGAAGGUGAAACUCAUGUUCAAGCAAAAUGAAGUGUGUGAAGUCGAGGGCAUAAAUACGGAUAAUUAAAUUGCAUCCUCUGAAAUGA